CAUCCCUUCCUUUCUUUCCUUUUUCUUUCCAUCCCUUCCUUUCUUUCCUUUUUCUUUCCAUCCCUUCCUUUCUUUCCUUUUUCUUUCCAUCCCUUCCUUUCUUUCUUUUUUCUUUCCAUCCCUUCCUUUCUUUCCUUUUUCUUUCCAUCCCUUCCUUUCUUUCUUUUUCCUUUCCAUUCCUUCCUUUCUCUUUUUUUCUUUCCAUUCCUUCCUUUCUCUUUUUUUCUUUCCAUCCCUUCCUUUCUUUCUUUCUUUUCAUCCCUUUCUUCCUUCCUUUUCUUUCUUUCUUUGUUUCUUUCUUUUUUCUUUAUUCAUUUCCCAGUUCCUUCUUUCUUACAAUCUAUCUUUUCUUUUCCUUUUCCUCCUGUCCAAAUGUUAGAAUGAAGUUAAAAAAAAAAGACCUCCAAAUAUUGCUCCAGAGAAGAGGUUAUAAUUGAUUAAAAGAAGUAGUACAAAAUCUGAUCAAACUUUAAUUUUAAGAUGACGCACCUCACCCGUUCCUUCCCCGCCCUCACCACCUUUUGAUCAUAACUUUCACCACUCAUUCCCCAUAUUUCACUUCCCUUUCUUCCCUCCUCUUAGUUGAAACCAUUCCCUCCUCCCCCUUGUCAUCAUCCUCUUCCCCUUCCCUCUCUUUACCUUUCAUUAACACUCACUCCUCCUCCUCUUCCUCCUCCUCCUUCCCUCCUUCAUUUAUCCUUCACAUGCCAUUCAAUCCCUUCCUUCGUUUUAUCUCCUCUUCCGCCUCUUCCACGUGCCCUACUGUCUCCUCUUAUUCUUCACCUCUUCUUCAUUACCUUCUAUCUCAUCGACACCGUUUUCUUCACCAUUACCUUUCCUUUCUCCUCCUCUUCCAUUGACACUCCCUCUCUUUCUCUUAUUCCACUUCCACGUAUAACCAUCCUUUCCUUCUUUUUACCUUCUCCUCCUCCUCUGUCUUCUUAACUAAAACUCUCCCGUCCUCUUUCUAGUCUCCUGUUUACCUCUCCAUUCCCUUACCGUACAUUCCUCCCUUUUACCUCAUUCCACCUUUACGUACCUCCUCCUCUCACGUGGCCUUACUCAUCGGAAGUCGCCUCAACACUCACUCCUCCAGGUGGCACGAGAGAGGACCUGGGGAGUCACUGGAUGCCUUGUGACGACACCUCUGCUCAUUUGUUUAUUUGGCUGCCCUCGACGCUUUUGAGGAAGACCGUGGAAAGUGUUUAGGCGAGGCAAUGUGUGUGUGUGUGUGUGUGUGUUAGGGGUCUAUUUUUGGGUUUGUAACACUGUCUCGUCUGCGUCAUCUGGUGGUGGAGCGGCGAUUGCGUAAACGAGCACGUGUGGUCUUGUGGCUCUUGCUGAAUAUAACUUUUAUUGGUAAACUCCGGAACAGCCUCCCUUCGUCUGUAUUCCUUCCUUCCCUCGACCUGAACGCUUGGUGUAUUUUAUUCCCUUUCCAUUCCUUCCCUUUUUUGCUAACCACACAUCCAUACACUCUUUCUUUUUUCUUUUCCUAUCCCUCCUGUUUCUCCCUUUCCCACACCCAACAACUACCAUCUUUUUCUUUCCUUUCUCUUUUUCUACCCACCUUCCCACUUCCCUUCACUUUAGUUUUUUUUCCCCUUUCCACCUCUUUCCACCUUCCCAAUCUAAUCUGACUACGUUUUUAGGAAUUUCUCCUUUAUUUUUUUUUUGUCGGAGCAGCAUUUUCUGUGCUUUCUUUUUUGUUUGGUCAUGCUCCUGAUUAUCUCCUUCGCUUUCCUAAAAAUAGAAACCCCCUAUAUUAUGUUGUAAUCCUUUCCAAGUUGUUGCUUUUCUCCCAAUCUUUCUAGUUUAUUGAUCGUCGCAUUUGUUUCUUCUUACCUUCACAAUUUCACGUUUAUUGGCCGUUCAUUUUUUGCAUGUUUUCCUAUCUAGCAUGCCUAAUUACCAAUCUUCGGGUCUGGCCUGAGCAAUGGGCGCACAGCCCACACAAGUGUUCAUCCUUCCUUUCGGAAAGGUUAAUAAAUGGGUACCUGGGGAAACCUGGGGAUGGUAAACUGUGAUGACCCAGAUACUGCACUAACGCUGUAUCCCAGGGGAUCAAAGGCCAGUGCGACGGAGAUAAGCACUGCGGCCAAGCGCAGCUAAUAGUGUGUAGUCUUGACUUUACCUAUACCUCUCUGCUUCCUUUUAUCUUUCUCUUUACUUUUGAUCCUUCCGCUGUCUUCAUUUUACCUCGCCGCCACUCCUUCCUCUCCUGUUCAUUUAUUUUACCAUUCACAUUCGUUUUGAAGCGUCGUUUAUCUCCACCCUUAGGCACAUAUUUGGCUUAUUUUCCUUUCCUUUCCCUUCCCACCGUCAUUCCUACCCCCUAACGUACUGUACUUACUAAACAUUUCCUUUCUCGCUGUCUUUUCCUGCUACUUACCUAAUGCCCUAUCUUUACCCACGAGCUUACGACAAGGCAAGCUGGUGGUGUUUGGAAGGGAGGUAAACAAGGUAAUACAUUUUUUCAGGGCGAGAAAGGGAGGACGGCCACUUGUCAAAUUGUAUAAGUCUGGCUGUUGAGGCUGAGAGGAUUGGGGUUAGAGGGAGUUGAAGUACCCCACCACAGUGUUGUGCAAACAUUGGGGGCGGAAGGACAGGUGACGAAAGGGAGAAAGAGCAGGUUUGUGUAUGUGUGUGUGUGUGUGUGUGUGUGUGAGAGAGAGAGAGAGAGAGAGAGAGAGAGAGAGAGAGAGAGAGAGAGGUGAAAGUUUCAUGAGGUGGUUCGUAGCGUCAACUCUGGGGAGUGGGCACCCUCGCUGCGUCUCAGGCCUGGCCACAUCAUGAAUGUUGUGCAUUAGCGUGUCCUGUGCCUCCAUUACAUAAUCGUCAUGAGGCUAAGAGGCUUCAGAUUCAAUGGUGUUCAGAUGUGGUUCGAAUCUCUCACUGAGAAUCUCGGCUCGCUCGACAGCUCCCUGGAACUGCAUAAUUUAUGUACUCACUCUGCAUGACAACGGGACUGUAUUGAUAUGAUUGAUAUGUAUAAAAGCUGUACUGUUUCAGGAGCAAUCUUGCCUUCUGUCAUGUUUUUUUUAUAUCCUUGAAAGAACACAGGAAGCAGGAAUAUCCCUGACGUGUGUUGGUGGCAUGCAGCGAGAGGGAGGUGUUGAUGCUGCUUGCGUCUAGUGGUGUAUGGCAACCUCUCACAAACAAUCAUCGUCACCGUCUCACCCGACUCACCGGUCACCGCAGUUUAACCAACAACACGCAGAAGUGAGCGAUAUCGUCCGCCGAGGAUUCUACGUUUAGCUACCGAGCCGUGAAAUACUGUUCUCCGUGCUGAGCAAAUUUCACGCCAACAGUGUAUCCUAGUGCUUACUGGCCCACAUAAGACUGCCAUCAAACCAGCAUGUCCCCGCGUGCCGAAAGAAAGGUAAGAGGGCAUGCAUGAAAUGGCUGCCUUCACCACGCUGCCGCCUCUCACCUCACCCCACCCUCUUACCCACACCGAGACGGAUAUGGACACCUUCAGUUGCUAUUCACAGAGAGACUGAAGUUUUUCUGUGUUUUGUGUGAUGAAAGGUGAUUGAGAGGGCGGAACAUUACCUGUGGAAUACGGGGCGGGGCGUUCCACAUGGGCAGGGAGGCGGCUGGCCUGCCGUCUGGCCGGCUGGAUUGUGGGGCCUGCGGGCGGCCAGAGGGCGCCUCCUGGUGCUGCUUGGAGCGACAGCCGCCACUCCCGCCGGUGCGAUGCUCGAGGCGUCGAUCAUCUACAGUGCUCGGAUGGUAUCGGCGCUCCUCUUCACAAACAAGCCGCGCUUCAGACACUCAUUCCACUGAGACGCUGAUUGAUCUGCUCCUAGCGCCGGUUCCGUCUCAUUUUUCAACCAGAUGGAUCCACACCACCGUUGACCUCCUCCGGGACGCCCACACAGCUCGCGAACAGGUAUGUAGUAUGCUGUUUUUACCACGUAUUACUCAAUUGAUGGACUAUUCACACUUUCAUACUUCUGUUUUCACCCUUCUUCGCCCUGUUACUAAAUCAAGAGCAAUUUAAGUAGCGGGCUUUUUUUUCUUCCUUUCUUUACGCCCUUGAACUGUCUCCUUACCUGUAAAAAAAAAAUUAUAUACUCGCACGAAGAAUAUUAGAAGCGAGGAACGUCAGCCGCUUCUGCAUAACGAAUUUAAACGCCUCUUUUAUCUCUUUUUAAAGGAUGCUAUGCAAAUAUUCAUAAGUGCCGGUGUUUUUAUCUUCCGACCAAGCUCCAAUCUCUGUCCCUCUCCCCCUCUCCAUUGAUCCU